CUGUGGGGCAGGGUGGCAGGCCUCCUCAAAGGAGAGGUUGGGGGUAGCCCUCCAAACACCCUCUGGGUGGGGGAUGUGGCUCUAAAUUGCAGGUGCCCCUUGCAGACUGUGUCCUGUAUCCCCCUUGCCCCACUCAGAGACCAAACAUCUCCUUGGCAGGUGCAUUUACAGGGAGCAGCAGCUAGCCCCCCUGUGACAAUAAGAAGUCUCCCACAGGCUAUUCCUCCCCCUUCACAAUCCCUUGGAGGUAUAAGGAGGGAACUGACAGCCCAGACUCCUAGGCUCCAGAGAGGGGAAGGGAGGGGCAGGGAGGAAGUGGAGAAGGACGAGCUUGGGGCAGGCAGGGUUUCUCCUCUCUCUGCCCCAACGCCUGGCACAUAUUGCCCAGCCAUGGGGACCUUCGACCUGUGGACAGAUUACCUGGGUUUGGCACGUCUGGUGGGGGCUCUGCGUGGGGAAGAAGAGCCUGAGACCAGGCUGGACCCCCAGCCAGAACCAGUGCCAGGACCAGGGGAUCCGAGGUCCAGCCCGGAACCCUCACCAGCUCCAGAACGCUUGUGCUCUUUCUGCAAACACAACGGCGAGUCCCGGGCCAUCUACCAGUCCCACGUGCUCAAGGACGAGGCGGGCCGGGUGCUGUGCCCCAUCCUUCGAGACUACGUGUGCCCCCAGUGCGGUGCCACUAGAGAUCGAGCCCACACCCGCCGCUUCUGCCCGCUCACCGGCCAAGGCUACACCUCUGUCUACAGCUACACCACCCGCAACUCUGCAGGCAAGAAGUUGGCUCGGUCUGACAAGGCGAGGACACAGGACUCCAGUCACCGUAGAGGAGGAGGAGCCAGUGCAGGUUCCAAAGGUGCCAGGAAGUCGUCGGGACCUUCGCCCUCUUCCUGCUACCCCUCCAAUUCUGCCUAGAGGGCAGGUGCGGGGAGGACGCCCGAGAUGCCGUCUUCCCCAAGCCUGGGGACCCCUUGAAGGCUGGAUUUCAGGGAAGAUGCAUCAGGCAAGGACCCUCCCCUGCACCCCUCCCCCAGCCUGGGCCUUGAAUGAGGGAGCAGCGCCAGGAAACACGACCCAAAGAGCCCUGUGAGGAAGGAGGUGGCCCCGGGAUAACCUGCCCUCCCUCCCCAACCCUGGGCGCCCAGUCAGCUCUCAAUAAAUGCUAUGAAUGUAUCAGUGGUCAGAUGAGGCUGGUCUUGAGACAGGUUAGUGGGAACAGCUUCAGAGGGGCUGGGGCACCUCUUUUCUCUCCUGGCUGUUAGCCUGCACAUGUUCCCGUGAUUCCCAUUUUCCCCGACUGCUAUUUGGAUUUCAGUUCACCCUGAGGCUCUGGGGGAGCAGAGAAAUGGGAGGGGGCACCAUAGGGUGGCUGUGGGGCUUUGAGAGGUGGCUCCUUUCCUGGCACUUCUGGGCAUGACUUCUGCUGCUGGCAUAUUUGGGACUUUUUCUGAUGUUUUAAAACCCCCUUUCAGCCACUCAUAACAUAUUGACAUGCUAAUAGGUGGAAUCUCACACGCUGGGGGUGAGGGCCUGAUAUGGGGGGAGAAAUGGAGAGACAAUUAGACCAAGCCUCCCUCACCCCCAUUGUCCUGCCAAGGAGGCCCUCAGGGAAUGUUUUCCAUCGCACCACAAUGCCCCCGUGACUUGGGCCAUGGAGUCAAUAUACCAAGCCCUUCUGGGUGGGGGCAAGAAUGGGACUAUGCUGACUAUGCCCUGGGGGGUCAGCCAGUUGAGGCCUUGCCCAGGGGUACUAGGAGGUCAUCUGGAUCUGCUUGGGCAAGAGAAGGAGAUACAGAGCCCUCCCCACCCAGGGACUGUGAUCCAGCUCUCCUGGGAAGGGGCUGUGCUCAGAGGAACACCUACCCCUGACUGUCUCCUCCAUCACUGGAGGUUGUUUCCCUGGCAGGUGGCAAGUGUCCAUCCACAUUCCCCUAAGUCAGGAUGCUGGCCCCCACCCCCAACACACACGGUCUUUCUCCCAGGGGUGGGUGGAGGCAGGAUUUGGACUUUGCAGGUCCCCUCUGCCCUUGAACUGGGACCUGGGGCCAC